CACAUACCGAUUUCGUCACAGGUCGUUUGACGAGCGAGGGGUUGUUUUCGUCCGAUAGCAUGCAAACAUGAAACAGAGCGGUUAAAAUCUUGACGAAGGCCUGUGGUAAACAAGGCAUAGGACACUCGAUUUGUAAGUAAAGCCAAUAUAUUCUUUAAUAUUUAAACUGAAGAUCGGUCACUAAUAUGCGAAUCCAGACUGUCGAAACACCGAACAAAAGUUCGAUCGAACCUCGAUCCUUUAUCAUUUCGAAGCUUUGAUCACCAGGUCAAGGAAGGUCCGAAAGUCCUCUGAUCCACGAUGUAGUCGAUGGUUUCAACAAGUUCACCAUACAACCUUUGGGCGAAUCCAUGUGCUCAACAAAAGACUUAUCAAAAUUCUGCUUCUAUAAGCUUUAAUAAUUUGCGGGCUGGCCGUUCGUUAAUAUCCUUGCAUUUUAGGUGUCUUAAUUGCACUUUUCGUACGUGAUCUAGCACGAUCGGAAAACCAAAUACAGUUGUUAUAAAUUUGCCACAGGUCAAGUAAUUCGUUUUAAGAAGUGAGUUAACAAAUAAGGGCACGUUUUACUCCGCUCGAGUUCGUUGUAUUUUGUAUGCACAAUCGAUUCUUUAUAUUGAAACACUACAAAUCCUUCUAAUAAUUUAUUGAAAUACAGUUCAGUCCCGUGUGUUUUUUUUUGUUAUUAACCUGUUUCAUUUGGACCCAAUUUUCGAUCGUACGUUUACAGAUCAUUAUCCUCUUUAGUGAGUGAUCAUGAAGACUAAACUUAACCACUGUUUGCGUUGGGCAGUAAACACCCAUCACACAAUGUUUAUUUAUGAUUUAAUUUUUCGUGAACUUGCAGCAGUUCCCAUAAGUAGUUACUUUAAGCACGUAACAAGUAAAUUGUGAUAAGAGGGGAAUUUUCUCGAAUACUGCAUUAAUUCCGCUCAUCGAGAUUACAAUGUCGGUUGCGUGACGUUGAUGUCAGCCGAGACAAGGCAUGACGUUUCGCUGUAAAAAAACGCUACUUGUAUACAGUAUUUAGCACAAGAUGUUUGUAACCAGCAAGCCUGUUUCAAAAUUUCCUCUCUAGUGACCCCUUAAACCCCCUCUAAAUCAUACAAAAAUUGGAAUUAUCAAAGCUAGACAUUCAGUAUGUUCUAGUUUAUAUUUUCCUCAGUGGGUGUUGUUUUUAAUAAAUCAACACAAGUUUAUCACAUUGUGUUCCCCCUGAGAAAUCCCAAAAUUCUAAUGAAACGGUAGUGAAAGCCCCUGAAAGCACGUCUGAGCAGUUCUUUCCCACAGGAUGAUCGAAAAUUCAAGGAAAAUAUUGGUCAUUUAAAAAAAUUGUCAAAAUUAUUCUUCACUGUAGAUUGAUUGUUUGUAUUGCCUCUCAAUCUAAACGGGAACUUCUAGUUCAUAGUGCUGCUAUUGGUUACUUGAGAUGAAUGAUGGCCAUGUGGCUUUAGUGGGUGGUUAAAGAUAACAGAUUGUUUUUAAAGGCACCUGUUAUUUAUUGCAUAUUUCAAAUUUAAUAUGAAAAUAAGUAUUUUUAGGUCCUUUGAAAACAAUCUUCAAUCCCAAUUUACAGUAAAAACCUACAACUAAGGGUGCGUUCAAUUGGGAAAUCCAGAUUUAGAUUUUCAAAAUCUAAAUUCAGAUUUCCCAAUCGAAUGCGAAAUCCGAAAACUUUUUUUCUCCUCCGAGAAAUCCGUCCUCAGGGUGGAUUUUAAUUAAGAAAUCCAAAUCCGGAUUUUUUGGAUUUCCUCUUUACCGUUCGAUUGGCAAAUCCGAAAAAGGAUUUGCAAAACUGUUCUCGUGAACAGCAGUCUUCUUUUUGCUAAUUAUGCGUGCGCAUGUAAGACCGCUGUUCUUAAAAACAGUUUCUCAAAUCCUUUUGCAGAUUUCCCAAUCGAACGGUAAAAAUGAAAAUCCAAAAACAGAUAUCUCAGCGUUGAAAUCCGUUUCGGAUUUCGCGUUCAAUUGGAAAUCCGAAAUCCGGAUUUUGAAAAUCUAAAUCCGCAUUUCCCAAUCGAACGCACCCUAAGAACCUAAAAAUUAAGAACCUGUUAGCCUAAAAUUGGUCAUUUAUACCCCCUAUAAACAAGAACCUAUUUAGCCUAAGAAAUUUAAAACAGGUUCUUAUUUUCUAAAAUCAUACUAGUACAUUACAGCUGCAUUGCAAGAAUCACAUUUGAAGCAAAAAAAGCAGAUUGGCAUCGUUGUAAAAAUGUUUUUUAAAGAAAAAUGAGUGCAAGAUAUGUAGACUUACAAAGCAUACCAACUACUUUUUCUCCAGGAUUAAGAACCCAUUUUAAGAACCUAAAUAGCCUAAAAUUCUGUUAGCUGCCAUUUAUAUAAGAACCUGUUUAGGCUAACUCCUAAAAAUGUAGGUUCUUAGUUGCGGGUUUUUACUGUACAGCUUACUCUAUCAUCUACACAGGGAACCCAAAGGACUGUGUAACAUUCUGUUCAAAAGAACAUCUAUUCCCUAGAAAUUUCUAUGACUUGAGAAAGGCUGAAAAAUUCUUAAUGAUUCCCGAUCCUUACGCUUAAGGUUUUUAAUUUCUUUUUUGUUUUGAAUUGCCUGUAGUUGAACCACAUCAUCUAUUUGAUAUAUUUAUAAUUUUCAGUUUAAAAUCUCGCAUUCUCUAAAACCUUAAAGUAGCAUCUAUAAGAUUCUUGGGAAAAUAAUAUGGGUGUGCUCAGUUGGCUUUAUUCUGGAAUAGGAAUAUAUUGAGUAAACAGAGGAUGUUACAUGGCUGCAUGCGCUCACUCUUGAAAUAUUUUUUAACAUGAGAAGUGAAAUUUUGCAUCUCCACAUGCUCAUGUAAUAUGUUCUAUUUAUUAUAAAAACACCAAUGAAAUACCAAACCAUUUCACUUUAACAGCUUUUUGCUGUGAAAGGUGCGAUUUAUUAUGUAGCAGUAGCAACAGUGAUCUUUUCACAUGUGAAAAUAACACGAAACUUUCAAAUGUGAAGAUAUCAUGUUUUCGUGCAAAAGCUCACCUGCCAUACAGCUAAAUCCAAAAAGGUUGCUUUGGUAAUAAAUUGGUCUUUCGGGCAUAUGGAACAAUGCAAUGAUUUACUUAAGUGAGAACCCAACAAUAGCUUCCCGAUGCCCUGUAAGGCAACCUUUAUUGAAUCAGCUAUAUAUAUUCUGUUUCGUUGGUGUUUAUAUAAUGAAUAGAGGAUAUUAAUGUAACAUGGCCGCACAGAGAUAUGAAAUUUCUCUUCGAGUGAUGAAAUAUUUUUUCAACACAAGAAGAGAAUUUUGUAUCUCCAAGCGGCCAUGUAAUGUUCUGUUUAUUAUAUAAACAUCAAUGAAAUAUCAAACCAUUUCACUUUAAUAGCUUUUGGUGUGAAGGGCGCGAUUUAUUAUGUAGCCAAUAGAGCAAAGGUGAUAUUUUCACAUGUGAAGAUAUCAAGUUUUCGUGUGAAAGCUCACCUGGUAUUUCAUUGGCGUUUAUAUAAUAUAAACCAUCUGCAGCACAAAAAGUGGUUGUGCAUGGUCGCUGAUGAGAGGUGGUUAUUACAAGAGGUGGUCAUUUAUGUGAGGUUCUAAUUAAGAUUUGACUGGGACAAUUUUGUUUUUGGGGGUUGGUGGUUAGUUAUAGGAGUUGGCCACUUAUGAGAGGUGGUCAAACAUUGAAGUUCCACAGUCUUAAAACUUUACAAAAGUGUAUGAGAACUCCAAUUUAUUUCUGUUUUUUGGCAUGCAUUUUGAAGCUCAGAUUUUUAUGUUUACCUUUGCUCUAUUUUCCUUUUUGCUUUUCAGCCUUAAUUUGCAACGUUUUCAUGGCCAGCAAUGACAAACAACAAUGUUGUCACCCUAAGCUGGCUACUGUCCCAAGACUUACCUCAAGCAUACAUCUUCACUGAGAGACCAUCGACAUUCAACCACAAAGCAACCUUCAUCAAUGACAAGAAAUAUGUCAUUCAUGACUACUCACCAGAUAUCACGAGUGACAGCAGGCACCUAAAGGCCAUGAGAGCCUGCCCUGUGGCAGGAAGCAAGUUCCCCAUUUUGGUUACUCGGGACAUAAACCCACUUAUAAGAGAGGUGAGCUUUAUUUUGUUUACUACAUAAAAAUAUUAUUGAUAAUCCUACCAAUCUUAGAGAGAGUUAGCUGAUGUGAUUGUUGUGCCUGGGAUACUUUCUUGGCGGUGGAGUAGCCACACAAAGCAAGUGGCGACGUCACAAGGCUCCACUGCCAAAAAAUUGCAGCUCUUGCCUGCAUCCUGCUAGCUAUGCAGGCUAAGAGAGAGAUGCCUGGAGAAAAAUUCCAAGUUUGUUGAGACCUCUUGCCUUCUAUAACCACGCUUGGAUCGGAAAGUAGUGUCCUGUUGUCAGGCUGCGUCAUAAAGAAAAGUUGUUCAGGGAAUGAAAGCAGGGUCGCCCUCCCAGGCGAGUCAAGUUUAGCGUGUUUUGAGAAUUAAGAUGACCCAUGUGCCUGAGCCAGCAGCUCUGAUGCAUGCUCUGACUAUCUCAAACAGGGCUAGCGAAUGCUGUGAUUGUCUCACUGACUGAGCAAAAGUGUUUAUAUCAGGGCUCGAAAUUAACUUUUUUGUUCGGGAGCCAGCUGGCGACUAACGGAAAAAUUUUGGUCGCCAGAUCGUAAAUUUUGGUCGCCAACUUAUUUUAUAUAUAACUUACACAAGAACACGAUUUUAUACGUUACUUUGCAUGCAAGAAAAGUCACAACUGAAGAGCGAAAACAAUUAGAAACAACACGAGUAACACUUAGUUAUAAAGCUACCGUUGUUCUCAGGUGAUAUGUCUCUGGUCCGAAGGUGAUGGUUGUCUCCAUAGUCAUUUUAAAUGAAGCGAAGCAUAAAACGUUUUAAGUCCGUGGUUUUCAUUCUGAGACAAACACGGGUCCUUGUGUAUUUGCCCUUUGCUACUUCUACGAAAUGCCGUUCUUUAUUUUCGACUUGCUUUCCUCAACGCCUUUCGCUGCCGACAAACAACGCCAUGCUUGGCCCAGGCCUCUACGCAACCACAUUGCUCGUACCAGUCUCCGACCGGGAGGAAACAAAAAUGGGCUUAGUGCAGUUUUGGGUCUUCGUUUCCUUUUAGACAGAACGUUUUAGGAAAAUAAAACCUAAAAUGUUGCGGGAGUUACGGAGACACCGUAUCUGCCACCAUUUUUGUUGUUGAAGUGCGCCUGCGAUCCCAGUUUCGGAAGAAGCCGCUGAAACAAUAUGGCGCGCCCUGAACGCAGUAUCGACGUGUCGAUUAUCUUGUAAUAUUCAGACAUUAUUUUACUGGGGACGGAAAGGUGAGUUGUAUACUAGCUACCAUAUCCGAUUGAUUUCCAAAUAUAAAGAUUUAAAAACAAAAGUUGUGUCGUGGUUUUCUUUAGUCAUCGGACAAAACGCGAGUCGCCAGCUGGCGACCAGUUCUGAAAAUUUAGUCGCCAGUGCUCAAUUUUUGGUCGCAUUGGCGACCAGUGAGUCGCAAUUUCGAGCCCUGUAUAUGGAGAAAAGUUGGCCUGGCCUAGGAGGGUGACCCUACCAUCAAAAAAGGUGGUUUACGGUUUGCCUUGUUUUAUAAGGAAGUGUACGAAAAGUUGGCUCGCCCAGGGUAGCUUAUGGGUAGGCAAGUGAUAGUUUUACCAAGGGUAACUUUUGUGCUCAUAAAUAAACAGGUCCUUAGGUACGAGUCUCAUGUCUGGUGAUCAAAAACUAAUCACGCUCAAAGGCUAGAGCACAUUUUUACACCUGGUGAAAAAGUUUGUGUUAUAGCUGCCUUAAAACUGACGCAUUUGUUUGACUUUCGUUGUUCAUUUGUGUGUUCACACACUUUUAAUUUACUGUUCAGAAGGACUGUUCAAAUGAUCUCUUUUGUAGGUAACUGUAUGUGUUGGAGAACACUUUAGCCCAUGUAAAUUUUCUUGAGAAUUUAUGUGGUGAAUAGUUAUAAGAAUACAUGAGGCUUUACAUUACCUUGUUGCGAUUAGUUCAAUGGAAGCUCACUUUUCAUUUUCCCACAAAACAGGAAGAAAAUAGAGGACAGUUCAAAAAUCACGUGGUCGUAAUCACGUGGUGUCAAUUUACAUUCUCCAACCACUGAGCCAGAUUUUUGCGCAUGUUCCUUUUUUUGGACCUUCGCGUUUAGCCGUCGUUAAAGUUAAUUUACCUGCUGGAAUUUGUUGUUGUUUUCAGAUCAAAAACAAAAAGUUCCAGCGGAAAAAUGUGCAGUGACGGCUUUUUUCAUAUCGAUUCUAUAGAGCGUUUUCAGUCGCGUUUCCAGCAGCUAUACAAAUAUAGACCAUUUUACAGUUGUGGGCGUAGUAUCCUAGCCUUUGAGUGAACGUGAGGCUGAGGUUGACCUUGUUUUGAUACAAACCUCUUUCUUUGCUUAUGGAAAUUUUGCUGAAAAAAUAAUAGUUAGCAUAACGACAACAUGAUUUACACAAUAAAGCAGGAAGGGUCUUAUCAAAACAAGGUCAACUCCAGCCUCGUUUGCACCUGUAACUGUAAAAUAGGCUAUUGGUCAAGAAUAGACCUUGUCACGGUUUUCGAUGCAAUCUUGACGAGUAGGCAAACGCUUGAGAAAUUACAGUGUUUGUAUGAGAAUCUGAUGUUGAAUAAUUUCCGUAGAAUGGCGGUUCUGAAAAAAAUAUGAAUUGUAAACUAAAGCUUCACCCCUAAGGAAUCUACUGGAAAAAAUUGAGGGCGUUAGAUGCGCUAGAAGACUUAGAACCACUUUUUAAAAUUUUCUAUACAUUUGUCGACAUUUGUCUGUAAGGAAGUCUCGGGAAAAAUUAGAGACAAAUAUAUGGAAAAUCUAAAGCAAGCCUCUGGAGAAAUUUAAGUACAAGUACGCCCCCAAAAAGUUUUAAGUACAAUCCUUUGUUUUGUAGCUUUAGUUUACAAGUCAUAUUUUUUUCAGAACAGCCGUUUUAUGGAAAUCAUUCGACAUUAGAUUCUCAUACAAACACUAUAAUUUCUCACAUGUUUGCCUACUCGUCAAGAUGGCGUCGAAGUCGUCGUUCCCAAAGUAAGAUUUAGAGCGGCGCGAAUGCUGCAGACAGGUCGAAACAGAAAACGAUGGGGGAGGGGGCGAGGGGAGAAGGCUGUCUUCUGGGACUGCGAAAGGUACUUCCCUGUAAGUCUGCUUGUCUUUAUCUCUUUCUGCUUUUUCUUUUUCUAGCAUUGGUCAAAGUGGCUUCCGUUUUUUCCUACACCCGACAUAAGAAUUUUCAACCAAGAAGACACUGGGGACAAACCUUUAAUUGUGAACUUUCCGUUUCAAAGUUUUCCCGCCAAAAAGCAUGCCGUCCAUCCCGACAUUCACUACAAGCUCAGCUCCAAGGCGCGAAUCCCUGAAAUGGGUGCACCGUGCCCCCGAUACAUGUCACGUGAUAACUACACCCUCCCUUGUAUGAUAAAAGCAACUCAAGGAAAAGCAAAGCGCGGAACGUUUCUCGUGAGAACAGAGAGUGAAGCAAAAAAAGCUUUUGACGAGCUCAGUAGGCACUUCUGUGAUGCGGAACUUGUUGUGACGGAGGUUAUAGAGAACAUUUCCAAGUGUUUAAUUGUUCAAUUGUAUUUGUUUCAAGAUGGACAAGUUCACUGGCUGGGAGUGAAAUGUAAGUCAAACAUGCCGUUUGCCAAGCGACCUUCGGGUUUCGUCCCAAAGCCGGACGUAAAUUGGAACGAGCAGACGGAGCUGAAAGAACAGUUGCGUGACGUGGUGUCACCCGUCACGCAGUACCUUCAUCGGAACGGCUAUUUUGGAUUCACGGGUGUCGAAAUGUUAGUCAACGAUCAAGGUUGUUUUGUUAUUGAUGUGAAUCUUAAAAUUUCGUCCUCGACAAAUCUUUUAUUGAUUGCUCCUCAUAUGGCGGCCCUAGGCUAUCCUAUCUCGUACGUCACCAACGUUUUGUCCACAAACAUCAAACUUCUACUCGAAGCCAUUGACCGUCUUAACCGUCAAGCGAAAGGAAGAGUAAUUCUCUUAGCGGAUGGAGAGCGAUCGGUAGAAUUUCAUCACAAGGCUUGCGUUGUGGUGUUUGCAAGAAACUGUGAAGAUGCUUUUUAUCUUCAAGGUGAACUCACUAGAGCUACAGUUAAUGAUUUUCCGCUUGCCGCUUCCAUAAACGGUAACCCAUAAUCCCGUUCGCAACAGGUAUAUUUUCCUGGUCUGCCAUCGGAAAAAGACUGGGUUCCCGUAUACGAAUCGACUUUCCGUCCACACGAAACCAGUCAGGGGGCUUAAGCAACGACGACUGCUACGGCAAAAAAGUAAUAGGUUUAUAUUAGCAAAAAACAACAACUUUGCACGUGCAUCACGCAUUUUUGUACUUUUCUUAGCCGUCGUUGCACCACUACAACGUGAAAGUCAUGCGAAUUUCACGUUUUCUCGAGGACGGGAACACGUGACAGCAACUUUCUUUUUCUUUUCCUGAACUUUGACGGGACAGUCCUUUAGAAUCAACUUUGCCCGCACUUGACGAAUUAAACGAGAUGGAAUAAUAGUGAUAAAGUUUGAGGCAGCGCGAAUUCGCUUUAUAGGUGACGUUUUCGUAACCGUAGCCGUCGUUGUUGCUUAUCUCUGGCUGGUGAAUCUUCUCACCGAAACUGCAUCUUUUUGAAACGGCUCUACAGAGUGAUAUCUAAGGCUCCGUCAACACGAACCCGUGUAAAUAAUAUAUACGGUUUCUAAAAUGUUCGAAUUCGUGUGGUCGUGGCGUAAAACUUAGCUACAGAAAAUUAUCUUUAAGAUUUUCCCCACUCAAAGGCCGUUCUUUUACAGUUCAUUCAAAAACAUAAAUUAAGGAAAGUGUUUCCUCAUUUUAUUAAGACUUGGAAAUUUUAUUCAACAAUGCGAAAAAAAAAGAAAUAUUUAUUUCUUCCUGUAUCUGGAGAGCCGAUGAAAUUUAAUAAUUGUUUUGGUUGAAUAUUUAAUAAGCUGUUGAAUUUUUCAUUAGGAGAAAAAUUUUGGAAUUUUGCUAUUUGUUCCCUCAAAAACUCUUGGAGUUUGUUGUUUCAAAGUAGGAAGGGCCCUGUUGAAUGUUCUUAAGCUUGGAAACUAGUCAGUUCAUGUACCAGAACGCUACUGUAAGGCAAUCUUACCUAUUUUUAACCAAGAAAAUCAAAAAAUCCCCUUGACACAAAGGCGGUUUUCACAUUAUACCGGAUAGGUUUUUGUGUCGACAAGAAGUCCUAUCCAGUAUCAUCGUUAUCAUCAUCAUCAUCAUCGGGGUUUGUAUUCACUCUUGACAGAGGAACCCCUCCUUGGAUUGAUCCCACAGGUGUCUGUGCUUGGCUAGUCUUGACCAUAAAGGUCCAAACUGUCUGGUAAGAUCGUCUCUUCAUCUCGUUUUUGGACGACCCUGUUUUCUGGUCCAAAAUCUUGGGAUUCACUCUUUUGCUCUGAUGGGUCCAGCGGUUAUCAUAUAGCCGUACGAUGUGAGCUGCUCAUCUAUGCUUUACUUUCCUGAUAGUGUUCGUGAUAUCGCUUACGCCAGUUUCUUGUCGGAUCCAGGUUUUUCGCUUUCGAUCUCGAAGGGUAAUGCCUGGCAUUAUGCGUUCCAUCUUGCGCUGUGCGACCGCACGCUUUUCCAUCAUAGCGUUGUUCAGCGCCCAUGUCUCGCAGCCAUAUGUCAUUACUGGUAGAAUGUACUCGUCGGGUAUCUUCCUCUGUAUGUUCCUGCUUCCCUUGCAGCCUCUCAUGAUGUUACCCACUUUACCAAAGGCAGCCCAACCAAGUGCGGUCCUCUUCCAGAAGCUAAUGUCAGGAAGGACAUCACCGAAAUCCGGUAUAGUAUAGUAUAAACAGCAGCGGCACAGAACUGGAACAAGUCUUUUAUACACAUUCAGUCGAACAUCGUGCCCGAGCGGUUGGCUGAGAGGGGUUAGUGAAGUAAAUCCCAGUCACCACUCCUGAAUAUUUACUUCCGUCUCCGUGGGUACCAGUCCUCCUCGCUCCUACUUAUUCACUUCCGCUACAGUGCGAAUACCUGUUCACAUUGCACCAAAGUGUGGCACAGAACUUAUCCGAUAUGUGAGGCUCCACUUUCGAGAUUGGCGCGACACAGCUUCGCUCCGUUCUAGAAAUCGCGCCGAAAUCACCGUUCUUGUGUGUGAACCCAAUAGGACCAUUUAUACGAGGAAAAGUAAGACGCGAACCUUCCGUAUAAACGGCACAUUUCGUCUAAAAUAAGACGCAGCUUAGCUAAGACGCGUCUUAUUAGAUAAGACAUGCUCGUAUAAAUGGUACAGUUCGCGUCUUAUUUCAGACGCGUCUUAUUUUUCCUCGUAUAAAUGGCCCUAUUCUCUCUCCGGUAUGGUUUUCGUGCUGACGCAAGACCCAUGCGGCAUAGUGUGAAUUUGCCUAACAUGAUACGGCCGCGUCGAAGGGAGAAAUUUUGUGUAGCCAAUGAAAGCAGGAAGCAGGUCAUGAUUGGUUUUGUUUGACCUCUGAUUGGUUUGUGGAUAAAGUGGCACGAGUGGGCUUUUUUCUGUUAAUCACAACACUAGAUAACUAAAGCUUCGGUAAAACGGGCAACAAUGCAAAACGUACAACUUGCUUUGCAACAUUGCUGCUAAGUGUGUUGAAAAGCGAUGUUGCACGUUUUACCUCCCACGUUUUUAACCUAUAGAGUGUUUUCACUCAGGUGGCCAGUAUCUAUGCAAAUUUAUUGGAACAAAAGAAAGCGUUUGCAUAAGAAAGGAGUUCAACUCCCACAGGACUGGUUUGGGACACCAACAUGGCCGCCGUUUCAUUGUUUUGGGACACCAAUAUGGCCGCCGUGACGUCAUGUGAAAACACUCAAGUAGCAACCUGAUUUGUUGCAAGAGAGGUUUGAUGUGGGUGAUAAAACGCACAACAUCGCUAUUCAACUCCUUUUUCAGCGAUGUUGCAAGACCAGUUGCAUGUUUUUUGUUGCCCGUUUUUCCCGUACCUUAAAGCAAAUUGGAAACCACUCUACAUGCCAUUUAUUCACCUUAAUUUUUUUAAGGCGUUAGUUGUUGGGUUCCGGCUUAAGAAUUCUAUUUCGUUCGACUUUCACAUAAGCGACCAGCGGUUUGGGAACAAAACUAUGUGAAAAGUUUUAUGAAAUUAAGUUAUAUAUUUGUAGCUAGCGUGAAUUUGUAGUAGGUUUAUGUUUAGGUACGUUUUUGCCUGGAAUGGCUUCGAGGGUUGAUUUGUAUUGAAAAAAAUUUAGAAAUAAAAUAGAUAACUGCGUAAUUUAAGUUUAUAAAUGAGUGGUCGAGUGAUACUAAUUAUUAUUAGACUACGAGUAGUCCCCCAUUUUUCCUCAGGGAUAGUAGAGCGAGCGAAACGCGAGCGCGCG